AUGGUCUUUGCACAAGGGGGAGAUUGUGUAUUGAGCUCUCAAGGUAAGCUGUGUAUUCCAAAUGUGGAUGAUUUCCUAGAGAGAAUCAUGGAAGAAUCCCAUAGUUCUAGAUAUUUGAUUCAACCAGGUGCCACCAAGAUGUACCAUGAUUUGAGAGAGGUCCAUUGGUGGAGUGGGAUGAAGAGUUGCAUUGCAGAGUUUGUUGCUAUGUGCCCAAAUUGCCAGCAAUUCAAGGCUGAUCUUCAAAGGUCAUAUAGAGGUACUCAGUUUACUGUGCAGUUGUGGAAAUCAUUUCAGAAAGUUUUGGGUUCAAAGGUGACCCUUAGUGCUACCUUUAAUCCUCAAACUGAUAGUCAAGUAGAGCGCACAAUUCACACCUUUGAGGAAAUGUUGAGAGCUUGUGUCUUGGAGUUCAAAGGCUGGUUUGAGGGUUGUGAAGCUGAGCUGAUAGGACUAGGUUUUGUUCAUCAAUCUAUGGAGAAGGUGAAGACAAAUCAAGAGAAGUAUAUAACACUGUAG